AUGCCGCUAGGUGCUGUCAACAUUACAUUCUCAUCGCCAGCCCAGUUCAUGACUCACUUCCUCAAUGUUUGCCACAACGUUGCAAAGACUGACCUGGACAUCGACAAUCUCAAAGGCAUGUUCAAAAACGAGUUCUGGAGCGACCUGCCUGUUCUCAUGAAGUUGCAAGAAAAUCCCAGUUUUGAGUACAAGACACAGCACUUCAUUCAGAAGCAGUCGACUGGCAACUACACGAUCAUCAAACAUGUCUGUUUGACAAAGCAAAAACUCACGCAGACGAAGCUGGAGUCUUUUGCUGUGGGAAAGCUCUACGAAAUUGCUUGGGGUCACGGUAACAAGGUCGUGGAGCGGAAAGCUUUGCAGUGGAAUUGCUUUGUGUUGUGA